AUAAGUUGACGUUCACCUUAUCGCAACUCCUAUAAAUAAUAGGUUUUGAGUGCCGUAAGAAAUGUUCAAGAGUGUCGUGAGGAUGGAAACAGUGCUGAAGAACAUUUUCCUGAAGAGUGUUGAGUCUGUGAAGACGAAGAGAAUCUUCAGGGAUCAGAAAUGCUUGCGAUUGUGUCCAGAGAAUGGUCGAUUGUUUGUGGAAGUAUUGUCGCAAGUUGACAGGAAAACACCUCUUCGGGUUGAUAUCACGGAUAAGCAUUGCCACAUCGUGGGCUUCGGUAAAGCAGUUUACGGCAUGGCGAUUGAAGUGGAACGAAUAUUGGACACACACCUCAAAUCCGGGAUUCUCAGUGUUCCGUGUGGAACGUUGGAGAAAUUCAAAGACACAGAGACGCAGCCUAAAACCAACAGUCGAAUUGAGAUAUUCGAAGGAGCGAAGAACAACUUACCUGAUGCCAAUGCUCAUGAGACAGCGGUGAAGAUUAAAGAGUUUGCCGAGGGACUCUCGGAUAGAGAUGUGCUAUUUGUGCUGAUUUCCGGCGGAGGAAGUGCUCUGCUGCCUCUGCCAGCAGCAACCGUGAGUCUUGAGGAGAAAAUGCAGGUGGUUCAGUUGCUGGCGAAGAGCGGAGCCUCGAUUAAUGAAUUGAACACAGUCAGAAUUGCCAUUUCCAGUAUCAAGGGAGGAAAAUUGGCGAUUUCUGCAAGAAAUGCUAGUCAAAUUGUAUCACUGAUUAUCUCAGAUAUCGUUGGUGAUCCUAUUGACUUGAUAGCCAGCGGACCGACCUUUAUUUCCGGAUCGAACUACAACAAGGCGGCUAAUGAGAUAAUCGUCAAACAUGGCUUGAGACAGAGAAUCCCAAACUCUGUCAGAGACUUACUGGAAAAGUCCUCAAACUCUUGCGAAGGACAGCAGCUGAACAAUAAUCACAUUGUGAUAAUCGCAAACAACUCCUUUGCUGUAAAUCAAGCCCUUGAAGAAGCUGAAAAGAAUGGUUUUCACGCUGUUUGCUUGUCAAAGAACAUAGAGUGUGACGUUGCGCAGCUUAGCGAAAUUUACGUUCAACUGAUAAUUGCGAUUAAGAACUACUUGAAGUCCGGAAAUGAGAUUAAUUUCCUGGCCAGUGCAAAAGAGGUUUUGAAAGACUUAUUAUAUGAAGACGACUUUCUAGAUGAGCUCUCAGGGGUUAUUAAGAGCAAGGCUAAGAAGGGGAUUUGCAUUGUUGCUGGAGGCGAAACUACAGUUCAAGUUACUGGCGAUGGUUUGGGAGGAAGAAAUCAAGAGCUCACGCUGAGAGUCCUGAAAGACUGCCUCGACCAGGACGAAGCCUAUGAUAUUGGAGACGUGGGAUUUCUAUCGGCUGGAACUGAUGGAAUCGAUGGACCUACACCGGCCGCAGGCGCCGCAGGAACGACACUUUUCCUUAAGAACAACGCCAAUCCAGCUGAAGUGCAGCUCUACCUCUCCGCCAACAACUCCCACGCGUUCUGGCAGGAAAUCUACCCAGCGGGUCACAUAGUGAUAGGACACACUGGCACAAACGUAAUGGACCUCCACAUGCUCCUCGUGCCGUUUUCAUAGCGCGCAGCGCGAUAGCAUCUCGAUGGUGGAAUGCGAGGCAUUAACAUUCAUUAAUGAUGAUGAUAGCAGAGUGAAAUUAAUUCAAUUCCUGUUUAUGGGUGUCAAUUUACAAUAAAUGCCUACAAUGACGUGGCUGGGGUUUAAAAGAAAAGCCAACGCGGAAUAAAAGUAAAG